AUAAAAUAGAGGAUGGUAUGUUUGAUUGGUCUUGAUUUGGAAUGACAAAUCACUUUGAUGCGGAAGAAAUUCUGAGGAGAGCAGACGAGACGACAUUGAAGAUAAUCUUGCGAGCUUGUGACGUUGAACAUAUUUUACAGAGGCGGUAUCGGUAUCUAGUCUUUGCUGCCGCAGGGAACGAUGCUGUGGCUUCGGAACAUGUUGGAUACAGCCAUGUUGUAUUAAUGUAGAAGGUUCGAGUUUGAUAAGGUACUUUUUGAUGUGAGUAUACUUUCACAGACCGGAUGAGUAACGCUAUGAGUUAACUCGAGUACUAUGAGUAAACGUUACUCAUGUAUUUGAGUACUGCCUGCGAAAACAUGAAUGAGUAUACUCAUGGUCUAUGGGUACAGUUUACUCAUGUCAAGAGUAAAUUUACACACGGGAAGCGUAAUGAUGAUUAUUUUUGACCAUUGAACUCAAGUUCCAAUAACCAAUUUGAC